UGGCCGAAGACGAGAAAACACCUCUGCGUCAACAAUUUAACCCGUGGUCAUGACAGAACGAAUACUCUGUUAUUCCAACGCGUUGAUGUAGCAGACACAAAGAUGAUGAUGUUGGAAAGCAGCUGGAUAUGGCUGACACUGGCUGCAGGACUGUUUCUGGUGUCGUUUGGCAGCUUCGGGCUGCUGUUUGCCAUCUACGCCCUGGCUGUGGCAGCAGGGAGUAUGGUGAUCAUCUACUCCUAUGGCAAGGUGAUGUCCCAGGAAGAUCUGGACGACACAGUCACUGGUGUCCGGAGGCCACAGAGAGCUGUGCAGAAGAUAAAAGCAAGGAUGGAGCAGACCACAAAGUUGAAAAACUUUGACAAAAGAAUGACAGGCAGCAUCAUCGACGAUGCCCUCCAAGAGGUGUUGGACCACACCAUCCGAGACUACAUCAAGACCUGGUACCGACAGCUCAGUGAUCACGACCGCUUCCCCUUGGAUGUCCGACAGUGUGCCCAGAAGGCUAUCAUCACCUUCUCCAACAGAGCAAAGGAGAUAGACUGGAUGCCCCACUUCACCAGGCGGCUUGUUGACGACUUUGCAUCACACAUCCGCCUGUACCGGCAAGCUGUGGACAAGAAGGCGAGGCUUCCUAAAGAAGAACGAGAAACAGCUGAUCUUGAAAAUAUUUUCUUUGACCUGGAGGUUAAUAUGGAAAACAACAUGAGUCGUGAUCUUGUAUGUUUAUCCCCAGAGGCAGAAAGACAAUAUCUACAAGACCUGAUUGAAGUUAUUUUAUUCCUACUUUUACCAAAAGAAGAUUUCUACAACAAACCCUUUAGAUAUGUAGUUAGGGAAGUUUUAGUCAAUGGUGUUUUUAUGCCGACAAUAGAUCUCUUGUCAGAUCCAGACUAUAUCAACCAAUAUAUCGCAUGGCUGUGCCGUGAACCAUCCUUUACUAAGGAGACAUUUCUGACUGUGAUAAAGACAAGUGAUACCGAGGCUGAACUUGACGCUGUGAAGGACAUUAUAGAGUCUGAGAUAGCCAAGUGGCGAUCUAAGGAUACUGGGGGCAGUGAUGAUGCUAUUAUUAAGCAGAACUUGAACAGUUUAGUGUUUGUGCGGGACACAUGUGAGGCUCGCAAGAAGCGGUUACAGGAUGGACCAACAGAGCCAGACAUUCUACCAGAAGAUGAGGGUCCUGACUUUCUGAAGUACCACAACUUGUAUAUACUGAGUCUGGACGACAUUAUGGCCAACAACAUUGCUCUUCAGUCUUUCAUUGAAUUCAUGACCUGUAAAGGGGGGCAGCAGUAUUUAUAUUUCUACUUAAACGUGGAAGGUUUCCGGGCGGCAGCUGAACAGCAGAUCAGAGAAGCCCACAAGUUGAAAAACGAGAACUGCAAAGCAGCAGAACCAGACCUGGAGUCACUACGCAGAGCAGCAAUGAUCAUCUACGAUCAGUACUUGUCUGACAAGGCCAGCUCCAGGAUUAAGGUCGAAUCAGACAUCAGCAAGAGAACCAUCAACAACAUCAAGAGCAAGAUGCUGUCGGAGGAUGUGUUCGACACUGUGCAAGCUCGGGUGUACCAAAUCCUACAUAUCGACUUCUAUGAGGAGUUUCUCCAGAGCCACGCCUAUGUGAAGCUGCUGGGAGAACUGGGCAUGUUACCCGACAGCAAGUCAGAGGACCGGGCUGACACCCUCAGCAUAGAUGAUGUGCCGAGGAUUAUAUGGUUUAAAGCUGAAGAUAUCAUCGACGACAGUUCCCCAGAGACACGGUCCCUGGACUCAUUGUCCUCAGCCUCUUCUGGAGGAACACCGGCAGAGAUAACGUACCUGGCUUCUAUAUCUCAGUGUGGUAUUGUGAAGGAGUCUGGCAAGUCGUACGCUGUGUUCGCCGUGACGGUGAAGAAGCGGGUGAGGGGAGUGGAAGAGGAGGAGAUCUGGGACGUGUACAGACGCUAUAGUGACUUCCACGACCUUAACAUGCUGCUCAUAGAAAGGUUUCCAGAAUGGAUUGGGCCUCACCUGCCUCCCAAGACAUUAGUGAAGAACACAAGCAAGGACUUCCUGGAGAAACGGAGGAAAGCUCUUGAUGCUUACUUCAGGGGUCUGCUUAAGCCAGACAUGUGGACCAAGUUUCCUGGAAUGGAAGAACUGGUUAUACAGUUCUUGGCUCCUGGUCUCUGGGAGAAACACAAGAGUGAUCUGGCACGGAAGAUGGAUACAAUCGUCAACCCAUUGAAGACGUCCAUGAAGAAUGUCAGCAACGCUGUCAAGAGUAUUGAUGGGAUGAGGACAGGCAAUAAUGGUGAACUGCAGGAUGGCUUCAACAGUGGUAAAGUCGGGGCUGGCUUGCAUGGCUUGGACACUGAAGACAACAUCCCACUCCGCAUCAUGUUACUGCUCAUGGACGAGGUGUUCGACCUGCGGCACAAGAACCAGUGGCUUCGUCGUCGUAUGGUGGCCAUUCUACGUCAACUCAUCAAGGCCACAUUCGGGGACAUGAUCAACAGGAAAAUAGUAGAUCACGUGAACUGGAUGACAUCGGCAGAGCAGAUGGCAGAGUACAUCAAAACUUUCAGGGAUUCAUUCUGGCCCAUGGGUCAACUGGCUGAGCCACGGCCCACACGUGACGAUAACACCAUGAUGAGAACACGGGUACUGUGCAAGGCCAAGAUGCUGGGUAGUGUGUCAGAUGAGCUGCGGCAUCUGAUGGGAACAGAGACAAUUCGUAUUGGAGUUUCCAGAGUGUUCGACAUGUUCCAACACAAAAACUUAAAUCGAAGACUUGUGUAUGUUUGUCUUGAAGGAGUACUAGAAACAUUAUUUCCGACCAAUAAAUUCCCAGAACUGUUACGAAAACUACAUUCUCGGUCCAAACGAGUUAGACCGCAACAAUCAGAAACUUACUCUGACUCCAACAAAGAAUCAGUGUUACGGCAACGGUCCAUCAGACGAUGAUGAAGCCCAUCGUCAAUGCAACUGUCUCAACAACUUAUCUCUCACAUUCAAAGUAUUUUAUAUGAUCAGUGUUUUAUUUAUCAACCGACGACAUUUUUCAUGGUUAGUACUUUGAUGCAAUUAAUACAAAUAGUGCUUUCAUUGAGAUUAAAUUGAAGUGUCCAAGUUCUGAAGAAGCUGAAGCUUCAGGUCCAAUUUUAAAAUCUGGAGAUGGUUACCAGUUUUUGUCUAUUGUGAAAAAGGAAUCAGACAUUUGGAAGAGCAAUGUCCAGGUUUCCAUCAGAGCAACAUUAUUCCCAGGGAAACCUGUGUUGCCAUCCCAGUGCCAAUACUACCACUACCCCUGUGCUUACAUAAACAGAGCAACAGUCUGAAGAAUUUCAGUGUAAACCAAAAUUCUGGGAAUAUGUUUCAUGGCUCUGGAGGUCAUCUGAGGCAGUUGUGAAAAUGGUUGCUUCUUUAUCUCUGUUUUGAAGUUU